UGUCAACAAUCCUAAAAAAAAAACAAGUUUUUCGCUGUUCGAUAGUUUCCAUGAAUUAUUUCAAGAUUUAAUUAUGAAUUUUCACAAAAUAAAUUGUAUUUGUAUGUGAAGUAACAUCGAAGAAAAUGGAGGAAUCGAGUGAGGACCAAAAAAUCGAUUGUUGCUUGAGUUGUUUGUGUAAAAACGAUGAAAAUAAAUUGAAUAGUUAUUCCGUGCAAAACGAAGCUCUGAAGGCUAUAUUUCAGGUAGAAGAAGUAACACUAUGUUAUUUCUGCAAAAGAGUGGCACAGCAAGCGGAACUGUUUAUACAAAAUGUGCAGAGUAAUCAGGUUUUAUUGGAGAACUUCCACGUUAUAACAGACUUGACACUCCAGACGAUUAAGUCUCAAAUCCACCCGUUACUCAACUUGGCCCAGUUCUCGUUAGACACAAUAGAGUUGGGCAGUAACGAUGAAACAAAUACAGAGGAGACAUAUUCCGUUGUCUACAAUAGUAAGAAAGAGACAGACUUAAAGAUAAAAUUGGAGUUGAAAGAUGAGAGUGACUUGCUGAGAGAAGAUUUAGAGGGAGAUUUCUUAGAUGACAAUGAUUUCGACACAUGUAUCAAAGAGGAAGAUGAGUACCCAUUGAAACUGUUAAAAGAAGAGUUGGAAUUAGAAGGAGUUAAUAUAAAAUGUUUAAGAAAAACUACAAAGAAAGGAAAGGUUAAAAGGAAGGGAAGAGUUAAGAAGGAAAUCGAAGGAAAUAAUAGAGUAAGAGACAUUAAAAUAGAAACAUUAUUUAUAACUAGACAACAAUGUAUGGAGGAAAGAGUUAAAAUGGCGACCGACAAGAAAUAUUUGAAUUCAGUAUACAAAUGUGAAGGGUGCGUGAAAGGAUUUAAUUUUAAAGCUGGCUAUGAUAAACAUAUGGAGAAACAUAAAGAGAGCAAUGGAGACUAUGAAUGUGACCUAUGUCACCAAAGGAUGGCGUCGGAAGAUAAACUAAAGAGUCAUAAGAGAUAUCACUCUGUGCGAUACAAAUGCGUAGAAUGCGGCCUAACCAGGGUGAGCAGAAUGACAAUAAAGGAUCACUACACCGCGACACAUUGCCAUGGUUACUAUCAAUACAACUGUACGGAAUGUUCCAAAGUUUUCAAACGCCAAGUGUCGUUAAGGAAACAUAUUGCAUUUGUGCACACGUUCAAAGAGAGAGUGCAGUGUGAUUAUUGUAAUAAAACUGCAAAGUCUAAGGAAGGAUUGAAGGCGCACAUGUUGGUGAGACAUCCAAACGAAGUGUCAGCAGGCAACCGCGUAAAGACGCAUGUGUGUAAAAAAUGUGGGAUGGGGUUCAGUGCGCCGUCGCAACUCAAGAACCACAGCAUCAAACACUCGCAUAGACGCGACUAUUAUUGUGUCGAGUGCGAUAAGAGCUUCAAGUCUGAUUCAAUACUAAAACACCAUUUGAAAACUGCGAUGCCACAUACGAAGUAUUUAGAAUUACCCCUCUUCUGCCUUCACUGCGAGAAGCGGUUCGCCAUCCGUCGCGACCUGGAUAAACAUAUGAACAGGAUACAUCUCAACAUCAAACCUUUUCAGUGUGACCAGUGCGAAAAGGCGUACGUGGAUUCUUGGGCUCUUACCGAACAUCGUCGUAACAUCCACGAGGGGUACAAGCGACCACUCAGGUACCCCUGCUCGAUGUGUGACAAGGUAUUUGACCGCAACACUACUUUGAAAGCGCACAUCAGAACACACACAGGCGAGCGCCCUUACCAGUGCAGCAAAUGUCCAGCUCAGUUCAGUCAGGCCAGCAUCCUGGGGACGCACGUAAAGCUGAUACACCUCAAGCUGACCAGGGACGGACGGCCAAAGCCCCAACACGGUCUCAAGUAGUCUUCAACGUCGAAUAACGCAAUAUUAACAGGCGAAAAAUUAAAAAUUUAUAAACCCCCGACCAGAAAAAAUGUACGCUAACAGCAGACCAGCUCAGUGGUACCAGAAGACAUUAGUGGUUCAAAUGUCAGAUCCCACAUAUGCUUGCAAGCAAACUGAGCGUGUAACAUUCCUAUCACACCGAACAAACGACCUGAUGACCUUGAAGACCUGAACCGAUUUCCACCAAACAGAGCGAAGAACACUCUCGACUGAUAUACCUUUCAAACAAAAAAAAAACCGCAUUAAAAUCGGAUCAUCCGUUUGGGAGUUACGAUGCCACAGACAGACACAUACAUUCACACAGACACACAGACUCGUCAAACUUAUAACACCCCGUCGUUUUUGCGUCGGGGGUUAAUAAAAUAGGCAUCUCGCUCAGGUUGUCUUAGUAGUCUGUGUUUGACGAGUGCUGUCAACAUUACUUUUUUUUUGGUUGGUUUUCCCCAAAGGGCAAGGCAAAGUGGACUAUUUGGCCCAUACAGCCUUGUCUCAUGUUUUUUUUUCUUGAUGAUGAUUAAUGAAAUGAUGAAACCUAAGCCCCCACCCUCGGAGCAGACUCCUAC